CAACAAACGACAGCGGUUCUACUACGGCGAUGACGUCAGGUUCCUGCUAAAGACCCUCAAGCGCAGGUUUUCCGGCACCGUCGUCUGCUACAAGCAGCGCGCCAUGCUGCCCAAGUUCUGCCUCCAGCACCUCCGCCCGGGGAGGAUGAAAACAACCCUGACCUUCCUCAGCAUCUGGGUCGUGCUCAUCCUCGUCUUCUUCGCCGGCCGGGGGUCACGUGACCUGAAGAUCCAGUCCCUGCUGCCGGCCAACCGGUUCAACCUGUUCUCGUUGCUAUGGCAACAGGAACCCGCCACGCGCGUCAGACAAGAGUGCAUCCACCCGACGCUACGGGUAGACGACCCCAUCAUGAUGAAAACCGUCAAGCGCUACGCACCGCAGAAAUGCACCGCGGAAGACUGGGUUUACGUCGAAAACGGAACCGUUAAGUUCACCGUCUCGAAGCUGAAGAGAAACAUAACCUGCGAUUACUUCCCUAUCGUAAGGGAAGGCGACUACAACGUGACAUACGGAGACCCGGUUUUAAACAUCCCCGACGGUUUCAACAUGACGACGGAUUUCUUUCAAAUCUCCUGCAAUGAAACCAACACCAACAAAACCUACCUCGGUCUUCACGCCGGCGUCGCCUACGACAAAGCGAAAGCAGAACGCCCGGAAGCGGAACUCAAAGACGGGUUAGAUGGGCUGAGUGUUGCCAUCAUCGGGUACGACUCAAUGUCCCGGAUGUCGUGGCUGCGCAGACUCAAGCAGACGAGACAGUACAUCCUGCAGCAGGGGGCCAUAGAGCUGGAAGCCCACAACAUCGUGGGGGACGGGACGACGGCCGUCAUGUUCCCCAUGCUGACUGGCAAGUUUGAGUGGGAGCUACCCGAAUCAAGGUUAAACUUCGAGGGCGCCACCCAGCUGGAUAACUUCCCCUUCAUCUGGCACGACAUGAAGAAGGCGGGGUACCUGACGUCAUGGUGUAACGCCGCCCCCAAACACGCCCCUUUCAACUGGCGGAUGCUGGGCUUUGGUCAGAAGCCCACGGAUUUUUACACCCGCCCCUUUUACCUGACGGCGGAUAAGCUGUACAAACCGCUGAAAUACCCGUGUAUAGGGUCAAGGUCGUUCGGCAAAGUCUGGCUGAACUACAUCCGGGAUAUUUUCGUCAUGUACAGGGAGAAGCGGAAGUUCCUGUUUCACUUCCUGGUCGAGAUGACCCACGACGACAACAAUUUGAUAACCAAGAUGGAUUCAGAUACGAUGGAGCUUGUCAAGUUUCUUCAAGACGGAGGUUACCUGAACAAGACCCUGCUCAUCCUGAUGGGGGACCACGGUGCCAGGUACAGCCAGAUAAGAUCUACCUGGUCUGGGAAGCUUGAGGAACGUCUGCCCUACUUCUCCUUCCUGUUCCCCAGGUGGUUUGAGCAGAAGUAUCCCGCGGCCAUCGCUAAUCUACGCACCAACACGAAAAGAUUAACCACGCCUUUUGAUCUGCACGAAACGUUUAAAGAUUUUUUACGUUUUGAUGGGACGGGGCAAGGGGACGUAAGCAAGAGAGGGAUUAGUUUGUUUAAAGAGGUGCCUUUAGAGAGGUCGUGUGAACACGCAGGGAUCGCGCCGCAUUGGUGCGCAUGUUUAGCGUGGAAGAACGUUUCUCUAGAAGAAAACGGUGCGAAAUUGGCGCUUCAGUACACCAUUGACACCAUCAACAAUUAUACUUCCGGGUACCGGAAUGACUGCGCGUUGUUAAAGGUUGAAAAAGUCACUGACCUGACUAAAUUGGAAACGCGGACGGAGGUUCUUAAAUUUCUUAAAACGGACGACAUGGGCGGGAUCUACAACAUCAAUUUCAACGGCACGAACAAAAACGAGAUGACCUUGUACCAGUUGACCUUUUACACCACGCCGGGUCACGGUUACUUCGAGGUCACCGUCACGCAUGACGUGCCGCGGAACAAGUUCACCGUCAACGAGAAGGAGAUUAGCCGGAUCAACAUGUACGGCAACGAUCCGGCUUGCAUCUUGCAGAAGAACCGGCAGAUCAGACAGUACUGCUACUGCAACAGCAACCUCAAGUCCUAGCACCCCUUAGGGUAAACUUGGUUUUGCCUGGUUGUUGUUUUGUGUAAGGGCCUGGCGAAAUGGACUCUUCCAAAAAUAGGGGAGUUAGGUUGUUGGAAACACAAUUUUCUCUUUUAGAAACAGCGUUAUGUGUCUAAAAAUAGUCUAAAAGAUAACACGUGUGCGGUGUGCUACAAAACGACUUGUAAAAUACGUAGGUUUACACUACGUAGGUUUACACUACGUAGGUUUACACUACGUAGGUUUACACUAAGUAGGUUUACACUACGUAGGUUUACACUACGUAGGUUUAAAUUACGUAGGUUUACGAUACAAUUAGUAAACUUAAAAUACUACUACUAAGGUUAGCAAUACGUAUCUAUACAAAACCUAGUUUUAUGAAAUGUGGACGGCAGAUAAACUAAGUGCCUUGUUGUAAAUAUUUGUAUACGAUUAGUUUUUUUUAGGAUUACACCAUCUUUACACUUGCGACAACUAUACUAUACAAGUUUAGAAAAAACAACUCGAAACAAGUAUGUAUACAUGUUCCGUAAGAAAAUAAAUUCAAAUAACAUUGAAUUUAUUGCUAGUUGUUUUUCUAUACAUUUAUAGCAUACUUGUCGCAAAUGUAAACGUGGUGUUAGAUCUAACAUUUUUAGGAUUUAGUUACCCAUAAGAGUUUGUGUUAAUAUUAGUAAAGUAUAAGUUGAUAACAGUUGUCCACUAGAAGCCUGACACCCCUUUUGGAAGAAGAUUCCAUUAAAGCGGGACUAUAUAAAUAUAAGUAUGAGAUGAAAGCGCCAACUUUCUUCUGAUGAAGAUGGAUUUUAUAAACUAAUGUGAUAUACACCGUUUUAGAUGCUGUUCCUUAAAACAAAGAAUUCUUGAAACUGUGCUUAAAAUUGUACAUAGUGGCUACAUAAAUGGGAUUUACUUCUUUUUACAUGGAAUUUAAAUUAUUUUAUAAUAAAUUAUUGUGUAAAUAGGAUUUUUCUCCACACUAAAGUUUCAGGGAAAGGGGAGAG